CGGAGAAGGCGUCCGGCUGUUCAGGGCGGAGAAGACGUGAAACCGCAGGAUCCUGGGAGGAUGAGUCGGCGUGCAUUGGCACUGCGCGGCCAUUGGGACCAGUCGGUAUGCCAAGACACCUUGUUCAUCUCCAUCAAUCAGCGGCUUGACAUCACUAAUGCAGGGAACGGGGAUAAACCCGACCUGAGGCUAUCGUCGAUACUUGGCAUGUCUCAUGCCUCAUGAUCCUCCGUGUCUCGGGAGGCACGGUUGACGAUCACCGUGCCUGACGGGAGAUUUGACUCUCUAUCCGCGACGCACUAAUGCGACGUCUUGGCCCUACCGGGUAAUUCGCGCGCCGGCGAUAGAUAGACAGCUCCAACUAUCAAACUCUUCACGGUAUCGUCUUGCAAAUUUAUGGCCUGUCAUUGGUCCAUGCUAGUUGUGUCACCGGCAGGGUACGCUUUGAAGAAGGAGAAGGCUCGACCAAACCCUCAAUUUACCCAGAACCGCUAAUGCCGCCCCCAGACGCUAUGCUUUUGAAAUGGAUCCACGGACCGGCGCUCGAGCUGUCUGCUGCGUCGCUUUCGUCCUGGUCAUCUGCCUGGCCUCUUUCAUAUAUUUAGGACUCGAUGCUGCCGUGGCAGACUUGCAAUCCUGUCGUCCGAUCACGCCUGGUUCCCUGGUCCUCUUCGCAAUGAAGCUGGUGAAUCGUGUGCUCGCUGCCUUUUUGGCAGCUAACUCUCUGCUGCAGACAUGUCUCGCCCAGUCGACCGAUGCAGAGGUCUAUACCGAUUCCGAGACAGGCAUCACGUUUGAUACGUGGACUGUCCCGAAGAGUACGACCGCUGGCGGUCUGACCUUUGGUCUUGCUCUACCCAGCACGGCUCUGGAUGAGGACGCGAACGAGUUCUUGGGUUACCUAUCAUGUGCCUCCGGAGACCAAGAAGCCACUGGCUGGUGCGGUGUCUCCAUUGGCGGGUCCAUGAACAACAACCUCCUCUUGAUGGCCUACCCCUACGAAGAUAGCGUCUUGACCUCCCUCCGUUUCAGCACGGGCUACGCAACGCCAGACGUCUACGCGGGCGACGCCAACGUCACCCAGGUCACCUCGCGCAUCAACGCUACCCACUACACUGUGCUCUUCCGCUGCGAGAACUGCCUUUCUUGGGAUCACAACGGCCAGACGGGGAAUGUGUCCUCCAGCUCCGGGAAAUUCGUGAUGGGUUGGGCCCAGGCAUCCGACAGCCCCGAAAGCCCGGCCUGUCCGGAGGAGAUCUCGCUGAAGCAGCAUACCGGCCAGGGCAUCUGGGUGGCUACGCUGGACGAGAACGCCGCCAGCGACUCGUACUCGGACUGGGUCAAGAAGGCGAACCAGACGGUGCCUGGCGAGUGCUCCGGCGACGGCGGCGGCGGCAACGAGCCGGAACCCGUUCCCGUGCCUGGCAAUGCCACCUACGACUACAUCGUUGUCGGGGCCGGCGCAGCUGGCAUUCCCCUGGCGGAUCGCCUCAGCGAGGCGGGUCACAGCGUCUUGCUCAUCGAGAAGGGACCCCCGUCGUCCGGUCGCUGGGGUGGCACCACCAAGCCGGCUUGGUUGGACGGGACGAACCUGACGCGGUUCGACGUGCCGGGUCUCUGCAACCAGAUCUGGGUGGACUCUGACGGGAUUGCCUGCAACGACAUCGACCAGAUGGCGGGCUGUGUCUUGGGUGGUGGAACGGCCGUCAACGCCGGACUCUGGUGGCGGCCGAACUCCGCCGACUGGGACGAGAACUUCCCCGACGGAUGGCAGUCGUCCGACAUGCAAGCGCCCGCGGAACGGCUCUUUUCGCGCAUCCCGGGAUCCGACACUCCGUCUAUGGACGGGAAGCUGUACUAUCAGCAGGGCCCCAACUUGAUCGCCAACGGGCUCGAAAAGGCCGGCUGGCAGUCCACAACGUUCAACGAGGCCCCCGAGAAAAAGAACCGGACGUAUGGCCACGCGCCAUUCAUGUUCGCGAAUGGCGAGCGCGGCGGGCCCAUGGCAACGUACUUGGUGUCUGCUAGCGGAAGAGACAACUUUGACCUCUGGACGAACACCACCGUCAAGCGGGUUGUCCGCGAUGGGGCCCACAUUACCGGCGUCGAGGUUGAGGCGUUCAUGGAUGGUGGCUACAAUGGCACAGUCAAGGUGACUGCAAACUCCGGGCGCGUGAUCCUCUCGGCCGGGACGUUUGGAAGUCCCCGGAUCCUGAUGCGCAGUGGUAUCGGACCGACGGAUCAGUUGGAGAAGGUGAAGAAUUCGACCGACGGUCCUACCAUGAUUGCGGAAUCCGAUUGGAUCAAGUUGCCGGUGGGAGAGAACCUGGUCGAUCACACCAAUACCGAUCUUGUGGCGACUCACUCGAAGGUGGUUUGGUAUGACUUUUACGGGGCCUACGAUGACCCGAUUGAGAGCGAUGCCUCCAGCUACUUGGACUCACGAACUGGAAUUCUGGCUCAAGCGGCACCUAACAUUGGGCCCUUGUUCUUUGACCAAAUCACCGGCUCCGACGGCAAGGUCCGUCAAAUCCAAUGGCAAGCGCGAGUUGAAGGCGGCCAUGAGACGCCUGAUGGCCAUGCCGUUACAAUCAGUCAAUACCUUGGCCGUGGUCUGACCUCGCGCGGUCGCAUGACGCUUACAACGGGCCUUGACACGGUCGUCUCGACGCUGCCGUAUUUGCGUGAUCAAGAGGACGUUGACGCAGUCAUCCAAGGUAUCAAGAACCUGCAGAAUGCGUUGAAGGGGACGGGUUUGAACUGGACGUAUCCGGCUCCGAACACUACUGUUGAGGAGUUUGUCAACAACGUAAGCCUAUAUCCCCUCUCUUUUUAUCCUGCUCUUGACCAUUUCUAACUCGUCACUAUCACAGAUGCCGAUUAACGCUGGAACUCGUCGCGCAAACCACUGGAUGGGAACCUGCAAGAUGGGCACUGACGACGGCCGCAACGACGGCACCUCCGUGGUCGACACGAACACCAAAGUCUACGGCACCGACAACCUUUACGUCGUGGACGCGAGUAUCUUCCCUGGUAUGAUCACGACGAAUCCCUCCGCUUACAUCGUGACGGUGGCCGAGCAUGCGGCGACCAAGAUCCUGGGGGGCCAGAGCUCGCAGACGGAGCAGAGAAGGUGGAAGCCUCACGAGCAUAGACAUGCACUCUAAGAAAGUUGUGUUGUUUCGUGAGGUGAUGGGAGAAGGGGAUGGGAUAUGAUUUAGUGGCGGUGUUAAUCUAUACGCUUUUCCUUUCUAUACUCUAAUCCGCUCUGGUGGUGGGUAGAGUCUUCUUUUAGACUAUCAAGGAAAUUCUUUCUAAAAUAGUUUUGGCUUUCUGACUAAGGUAGAGGAGAUGACUGCAGCUCCCAACACCAUGAAGGCUCGAUGUCUGUGGUGCCAUCUGCUAAGAUUCUCGUUAUAUAUUUACCUCUCUAGGACAAUACCAAGAUCCAUUCAUC